GGUUACGCAUGCGCACACUCUUCCUCCGUUGCACCUUUAGAACGCCGGCCCGGGCUCUGGUUGUCCGGGUAACGCGCUCCUGGUCUGGGCUCAUGCUGGCGCCGCCCUCUCCGGUGGGAUGCUGCAGGUGACACGCUCUGAGGGGGAGGGGCGGCGCGCGACGCUGCGGGCAACGGCUGUUUCACUGUAACACCGGCGAGGCGGGCACGCGCAGCGCGGGACACAGACCGGUACCUGCCUCACUGUCACGCGCUGUCACUAUAGAGCGCAUAGCGCGUUAAAGGAGGGAGGGGCGGGGACACGGCUGUCAGUGCAGUGCCCGGAUUGUGUGUGCUGUGAUUGGAGCUCCGAGCUGGCUGGCUGUGGGGUAAGAUAGUGUCACCCUCCAUGUCACCCGGUGUGGGGGGCCAUUCACACAGAGCCCGGGUAACCCGCAGCCCUGCUCCCAGCCCGGCAUGCGGCCAUUGUAGGGGAACUCCGGGGUCAACAUCGCGCAAUCAAACCAUACAUAACUUGGAGAUUUGUGACUUAUUUCUCUGUUUUUUGUCUAAAAUUUGAAGUUCACUUUUAGUUGCCUUUAAAUUCCAGACAAUUGGUUUUUAACCUCCCCUCCCCAUAUGUUACUCAGACUGUGCCUGGCUGGACAUGGGUAACACAUUGCUGCUCUGCUUGCUUAGGUUUCAUUUUUUUUGGACUUGAAAUUUCAUUUUAUUGUUAUUGUUAUUUUGGCAUUGAGUUUGAAAUUCCCUCUCCCUGAUAACACUCCAUGUGUAUAGUUUGUUUCCUGGGUAGUCUCCAGCAUAGUGUGUGUUCUCUAUUGCAAUUAAACUUUUGUUGUGUUUUGGUAUUUAUGAUCACAAAUAUUAAUUCUUCUAAGGUUUUCUGGCUUCAAGGAUCAUCUGAGAUAAAGAUAUGAUAAACACAUGCUUAUUUAAAGCAGUAGUCCUUACGUUGGAAAUUAUUCAAUAGGAAUAAGAAUUGAGCAGAAUUUACUUUGGAAAUUGUACAUUUUAUGCUAAAAUAUAUUGCGAAAAAAAAAUAUAACCCAUUUUGACAAUUUACACUAAAACAUGAUAUUAUUUUAUUAUUUUUUUUAUAGUGCUAUCACAUUCCGUAGCGCUGUACAUUGGGACCCAAGGAGUGUAUUUGUUAAAGAGUGAAUUGUGAUGAACUGAUAAUCAAAUUGCAAGAUGUUGGGAAAAUGUCAAGAACAAUAUGGGCACCAUAACAACUUCAUCGGAAUGAAGUUAUGGGGUGAGGAGGUGCCUGGGCGCAAUAGCAAACUAGUUUAUCCCCAAAGUCCAAAAUCCGGUGCCUGUCGGCUCUGCCCAUUGGAAACCUCAGACUGGGAGCCGCUGAGAGUGUCAGCUGAUGCUCCAAAUCUUAGACUUUCUGGAGUGUCCUUUUUUUUUUUUAAAGGGACAGUCUAUGCACAUGAGGAUAUAUUUGUUACGGGCCAUUCGGCCAUCCUUUAGUUCCAAGCCAAACAUUUUUCAGAGGGCUUGAUCGCAAUGGAUGUUACCAAGACACUCGUAGCCCAGACCACUGUUCGGUAUUGGUAAUACAGAAGUUCCUUUACUGCAUUAACAAUGUUUGUUUUAUCCAUAUCUUAGAGGAACAUUAUAGCAUUUGAAAUACAAAUCUGUAUUCCUAAUGCUUUAGUGUCACAGUCCCUACCGGUAUUAAAGUCUAUCCCCCACUAUGCAUAUUAAAAUGUAAAAAGGAAUAUAAAAGUUUUGCUCAGCUUUUUCCAGCGCCAAGAUCCCCUUGGCACUGCUGACCUCUCGACCUCCCCUGAUGUCCUCGAGGAGGCAUGGCCUUCUCUGAAAUUGUCCAAUCCAAUGUUCGUCAUAGAGGAGCAUUGGGGACCUAAUGCGCAUGCACAGAAAACACCAUGCUUGUAUUUAAACUUCCCCGUUGGAAAGUAUUGAAUCAGUGCUUUCCGAUGGGGGCUUCUGCAUCACCCGACCAGGUUUUACUUGGAAGUGUACUUAACCAUGCAAUGUAAAACAAAAAACCUGCAAUGAGUAAAAUUUAAGGGUUAAAGGGACAGGUCCACUGCACCCAGGCCACUUCAUUGAGGUGAAGUGGUUUGGGGGCCUUAUUUAUGGCCCUGUUAAAGUAAUUUAACCAGUGAAUGGCUUUAAAGUAAAUUGGUCAUUAUAGGUUGACUUUCAUAUCGAUCCCUUCACAUGCAUUGAAUAGGACAGUUUAUAUAUCACAGAGAUACAUGAUUCAUUCAAUACAAAAUAUAAACUCUCCUCUGAUCCAGCGUUGCUAUAUCCUCACCUAAGAGGGUUCUUCACUUCUGUAACACCUGCCUCUGGUUUGUCUACGCUUUGCCUUUGCUCUCCUUUCAUUUGCUCUAAUCAGAGAUGCUUCCCCAAACAGCGUCUGCUAGUGAGUUAUUAUAGCUAUCACAGCAGUUUCACGGUGGUUGCCAUGCCUGGAGAUCAUAAGGACUGCCUGUGGGAGGUCUGUCAUGCUUUUCCUGUCAGUAAAUUCUUCUGCAAAGCUAAAUAAUUGAUAAAUGACCCCCUCCCCCACCCCCAUCAAUAUAUAAAUUUGCUAGGGUUUAUGUGAGAGUUUUUUUUAAAGGCGAUUAUUACAUGUAUUUGGUUGAGAUCAUCAAUGUUCAUUAUCUCAGCCAAUCCAAUGCUUCCUCACUGAGACGCAUUGGGAGGCUAGUGCACAUUGGUGGCUGUGUCAUUAGUCAACCUGGAACUAGAGUACGGUACUUGUUAAUGUCAAUUCUGUGCAAAUUUCACUGCACCAAAUUGCAUUCAUUGGCUAAAGGGAUCUGUUGACGUUGUAAGCCAAUGAAUGGUUGCAGCUUCUGCUAUUCUGCCGAAGUCUGAAGCAUAUCAGUUGACCAACAUCAUUGGAGCCUGUAAUGAACCCAGGUAAUGGGUGAAACUGUGGCUUACCAGUUUUCCCCAUUACCAAGGAACCAGACUAGUGUACGCCUCACAUCUUAACUGCUACAGUGGUGUGUAGUAGUUUUGAUGAUUGGAGUAGCUCUUUUAUCAUCAGAUGUUGUAUAAUGUUCUUCAUUUUGCAUUUUUGCAAGUAUAGAGUGCUUAGCUAUUUUCAUUUAUUGAAAUUACAAAUAGUGGUCUUUAUUUGUUUUUAUCUUGUGCUUGCUGGAGGCAGGACUAUUUCUUGAAAGAUUCAUGACAGCUCGUUAUAAUUUAACUGAAAAAAAAAAAAUGAAGAUGGAUGAGCACAUCUCUAAGUGAUACACUAGUGCAGGGCUAAACAACCUUCGGCACUUCAGAUGUUGUGCACUACAUCUCCCAUAUUUUUCUUACAGACAUAAUGCUGGCAAAGCAUUGUGGCAGAUGUAGUCCACAAUAUCGGAAGUGACAAGGGUUGCCUACUAGUGAUUAUUCCGUCCUGAUUUGUGGAAAAACUCAUGAGUGAGAUUUAGUUCUAAAUUAAGUUGUGCAUCAUUGUUUCAGAACUUUAUUAUUUUUUUUCAAAUCAUUUUUUAAAGUGUAUUUUGAGCUUAAUAAUUGUUUUGGAGUUUCAACUGGCAACAAAAGUAUAUAUUUUAUAAACAUAGACAGCUAUAGAUGUUUACCAAUGAGCAUUUUUGUAUGUAUUGUGGAAAUAUUUUGGAUUGUGAUUGGGAUAUGUUGGGUGUUGUCCUGCUGUGCUUGAAAGGUUCUUCCUUACAUGUACAGUGUAUUCAUUUCUACAUUUGAUAUGCAGAGAAAGAUAAGAUGUGGCAUGACAAUUCAACCGUGUAACUUUCAUGUGGAUGGCCUUUUAAACCCAACUUUCCAACCAUGUAAAAGGUAAUCGUUUAAAGGGUUAAACGCACAGUAAUUGCCCCGGAUACCAAUGGAAUGCUCCUGUUGAUUUAAUUGGCUUACAUGGUGUCUGUUUCCCUUAACCCUUUUUUAACAAAGCCUAAUUUUACUUGUUUGGUACUUAAAGACACAAGCUGUUUUGACUUUUUGGUAAAAAUGAAUGCACCUACACAUAUUACAUGCUGUUUGUUAUUUUUACAGACAAGACUUUCAAUUGUUUAGAUGCAUAAACUGUUGCUUGUAGAAGAAGAAAAAACUGUGAAUAUAUGGAGAGGUAUAUAGCAGUUUAAUAGCAGUUACGGAAAUAUCAGUUGCCAGUAGAUAUCACCAGGUGUGUACCUGAGGGUUGUUUGUUUCAUAUGUGCUUCUUGUUUAUGAAAUCCCAAAAUAGACCUCCCCAUUUCAUUUUAUUAAGGUAAAAUUUUGGCAGAAGGAUUUGUUGGGCCUAUGUUGGGGCAUAUUGGCUGUUUGUCAGUCCGUAUUACCCUAUAAAGGCUUACAUGAUAUGAAUAUUGCUGCCAUUUUCUUCACCACAGUGUUGCUCUUUGACCAUUAUGUUUUAUAUACUGUUUGGUUGUGGUGUUUGUGGAGAAACCCACAAGAGUGUUGCUAUAUAUUGUAAUAUGCUUUUUUGCAUUCUAUAAUAAUUUAAAGCCAGAAUAGCUGAAUUGAAAGCCAAGCUGACUUUUUUUUCAGUUUGGUUAUUUUGACUAAAUUUCCAAGGGGUUAGUCACUCUGUGUCCGGAUAAACUAUGACCCAAAAUGCAGCGUCUCAGUAAAGCAAUAUAUAAUCUAAAAUAAUUAGAAAUAUAGAUAUUAUAAGGCCUUAGUGUGGCCAUAUUUUACGUAAAUAUAGAAUGGUCCGAGACAAUCUAAGGUAACAAAUACAAAAUGAGACCGGUUUGAGAAGACAGGCCAAUAGAUCUAGGAUACCUGAAAUAAGAAUAGUUAAUAACAAGCCAAGGUCAAAAUAGCCAAAUUGAAAUUCAAGAUAAAUGCACUCUCUGAAUACCAGUAAAUGGAAACCACGACAGGGUACUGAUGAAAAUCUAAAAUGUGUUUAAAUAUCCCUAAGAUGGUAGAGAUUGGUCAGAAAUGCCAUUGUGAUGCCAAAGUAUGUGUGUGCGUCUGUGAUGCCCGCGUGCAAUUAUGUCAGCAUAUAGGUGAAGCUAUAAACCGGCUCAGCCCUGAAGCGGCUGGCGCAUGGGAGACGGCACAUAACGGCAUCCACCGUAUGAUCUGUAUCCUUCUAGGGUUGUAGCUGCCCUGCUCGGCCAUGUGAUUGUGCCUCUCCUUCCUCUGGUUUUACAAGAAAUGUACUUUUACGUGGAAAGCAUGAGUCAUCUCCAAAUAUUUUAAAGAACUUUUUAACUGAGAAUACUUAAGGUUAUCAAGAAAAGAUCUCUUGGUCUUGAGGGUUCUUCUCAGAGUGGAAUGGCAAACAUCCAUAUUGCAAAACAGAAAGUAAUGUAAACUACACCUUUCAUCUGUUAGAGUGCAUUUUGAUGUGCAAUCCGUUUUGAAUGAUGCCUUUUUCUCAGUAUUGGAAUGCAAUUCUUGUAUAUGCUCCAUAACGCACACUACAUCUUCAAAACUUGAAAUCCUUUACUCAUGAAGAAUUGGCUACUCUUUAAGUGAUAUAUCAAUUUGUUUUAAAUACAUAUUAUAUAUAAAUAUCUAGAUAAUAAAAUGAAUGAGCUGCAAAUGAUAGCCUUUUCCCUAUUAUUUUGUCCUAUAGUUAUUCAUCUUAAUUUUAAUUAUAGUGUGUGCAUUGCAAAAGCCUAUGAAACAAUUUCAAUGGGUCAUGAAAUUAAACUGGAGUGAAAGGGAUUAUUCUGGUUUUAUUUUUAUCUUGGACACACUAGCUCAUAAGACUGUGAGCAGAAAGAAAAUGAUUUAUUUUAGUAUCUAUUUGUAAUUACCAAGGAAAGUAGUGCAAAAAGCUGCUUUAGAUGAAAGUGUUCAUUGUUCCAGUGAAAAUGUGUGGAAAAGCCUAGCGCUUCUUUGUUUGGAAUACCUAUUUAACUGUACAUUUUGAAGGACAAACUAAAGUCACUCAGGCCACUUUAUCUUAAUGCCAUGGUCCUAUAAUUUUAACCUUUCCAUAUAAAAAUUACAGUUUUUGUAUAAAUAUCAGUUUUCAUGGAAGGGUUAAAUGCAACUCUAAUGGUUGUCUUCCUGACCGUACUAAAGGGGCUUCUGCCUCUAUAGUUAAACUUGGCUAUUAAAUCGGAUUGUCUCAAAGAGAUUAUUGGAUUGGCGCAGCGCAACAUUUAGCUGUGCGUGCUGUCUAUCCUCCCAAUGUUUUUCUAUGGGGAAACAUUGGAUUGGCUGAGAUCAUUAAUCUUUAUGAUCUCAGCCAAGGAGGCGGAGCAACUGCGGGGAGAUUAGCGUGGCAAUGGGAUUAAAGGUUAGUAAAACUCAGCUUUUCGAACUCUCACAACAGGUGGGCCAAAACUGUUCUUAUCUGCCGUCACAUUCUAUGUUUCUAAAAGCUGCACAUGUAUAUUUUUUCUUUGUUCAAUACUGAACCAAUAAAAUCAUGAGGAAAUAGCAAUGUGUUUGUUCUGGCAGUGUUUCUAUUAUAAAAACUGAAUAGAAACUUGUUUGAGCAGGUCCCUCGUCUUCUACUGUUGCUAUACGUCUAAUUUUCUCUAAACUAAAUGUUUGUUAGUAUACCUUUUGUACAGCGAUGCAGAAUAUGUUGAUGCUAUAUAAAUAACAUGCUUUACUUUAAAGGGACGCUCCAUUGCCAAAAUUUAAAAACCACUGUUUAAUACAUAUACUUCCAAUGAAAACAUGCAUGUAUGUAAUUAAAUAUCUAUCUAUCUGGACCUGACAAAUUUGCUUUAAAUCUAGAAGUCUGUUAAAAAUGUUAAGAGCCAGGUUUUCUUUAAUCUUACAAAGCUUUAUUUUUACUGCCAAAAUUAAAAUUCUUAAAGGGACACUAUAGUCACCAGGAUCACUACAGAUGAUUUAGUGGUUCUGUUGUCUAUAGCCUGUCUCUGCAGGGUUUUCAAUGUAAACACUGCCUUUUCAGAGAAAAGGCAGUGUUUACAUUUCUGCCUAGUAACACAAGUAAUGUCAGUCAAACAGAUGGCCGCUAAAGUGCUUCCUAUCUCAGCAGCACCUAUAUUAAGUGUAUCCACACUCUGCAUGGAGGCACUGAACAUUCCCCAUAGAGAUGCAUUGAUGAGAUGCUGAUUGGUGCAGCGUUUUGGAGCACAUGCGCAAUAGCUUCCCAAUACUUUUCCUAUGGAUAUAAUCAAGCUUGAUGAUCUUUGCCAUAGAGGCAGGGCAAGACGCAGGGAGACAGGCACAGCAUGGGGAAGAAAGGAGAGUAAAAAAAAAAAAAAAAACUAAAAAACAUUCCCAUGUAUAAGGUUGAAUCAUGCGAUCGGAGGGUGGCUUGUUGUCUGGUCAUACUGUAGGCAGCUGGCAAGGAAGCUCUGCUCCUUCCACAGCCACUUAGUGAUGCUGGGGGCAGAGUGACAUCAUAACCUGGAUCAAGGCAUCACUGCAGGGCGCUGGGGGAAGUACUGGAAGAGCACAGACAUCAGAGCUCGCUGGCCGCCCGCCUUCAUUCUCCCUUCCUGAUACAGCACAUUCAGGCAGAAUAUGCAUCUGCUAUCUGUAAAAAAAAAACAAACAGGUUGCCUAGGCUUGCCUUAGCACACAGCUGACCAGCUUUUGGCUCUCUUUUGUAAAAUGAAAAGCAGAUACACUCUUCAUACAUAAAGCUUUUCAGGGGGGGUUUCUUAGUUUUUUUUCUUGCCAGGUCUGGACGUUAAAAUGAGCCAGUACAGCCUGUUGUAUUAGUUAUGAUGCCAGGUUACCCUGGAGCCUAUCCCCGGUAAGAAGGCAAUCUUUCUUUUUUUUUUUUUUUUGUUUUUUUUUUUUUGCAACUUACCUGGGUCCCUCCGGAUGGUAAGCCUCAGGGUUUGGGGCUGAAUGGUAUCUGGUUUCUGUAGUGCAUCUCUUCUUAAAGUACAUAUUUCUCUUCAUUCCAGUUUUAUAUUCCUUUUGUUGAUAAAACUGGGGUUCGCCCUCAUCAUUGCAAAUUGCAUCAAACCUAGAUACGUUGUUUGUCUGAGAGUGCAGGUUGUCAAACAUUUAUGUUGAUAUUCUGUCAUUCAAAUGUUCUUUAUGCAACAGAGGAGAGGGUGGUCUCUGAAUCCUGGGUAGGGGGGAUAUGGUCAACGUUUCAGCUCUUGUACAGAUGAAAGCUCUGUACAAGAGCUGAAACGUUGACAGUUUGGAACUGUAAGAAUAAAGAAGAACUUAUCUUUUUUUUACCAAAUCCUGGAGUGCCGAUAUUUCUUUCAAUAUUUAUACUUUAUGUGAUCAGAGCAUCAGGUAUUUAUUUUGUUAAAGUUGGAGUUCAGGAGCUUUGGAGAGAGAGAAUUUGUUCAGUUCUUAUUUGUCUUCAAACUGCUCCUAAACAGUGCUGACAGAUUCUUGUAAACAUAACCGAGCUGUAGUGGUUAUGUUGCUUAGUGUCCCUUUAAAUUACUUGUGGUUUGAAAAGUGAUUUUAGCAAAAAAAAUUUAUGUGCUAAAAUAUUGCUACAUAUGAGCACAAGCUGGAUAGCUAUUAUCAUAGACCACAAUCAAUGUAGUUAAUUUCACAAGUAUAGAAGCCUUAGGUCAUACUGUGAUCUAAUUCAAGCUUCACUUUCAAAGCAAUGUCCUUGAAAAUCAAAUCUUAAAAGUGUACUUCAAAUUGUAAAGAUUGAAAAAAUUAUGUAAAUCGUGCUUUUGUUGGCAGUAUUUGAGAACCAACUAUAAGAGGUUUGCGUGUUGCUUAAUACCUCACUGUUUUGUGAAUUGUCUCCUCAUUUAAUUUUUUUCCAUGUGCAACACUAGUUCUUUAUGUUUACAGGAAUCAAAUAACCAUGAAGUGAAGAUUCAAAGUACUGUAUCACUCUCACAGAGAGUCCAUCUGUACUUCUGCCACUACAGUGUACAGUCCACGAAUAAGCUUCUCUCGACGACCUAUGUUGAAGGUGCUUGCAUUCCUGCAGAAAGGUGUAUGCUUUAAUACACAAACUCUAGUUUAAUGACUGAAGAAGAUACUCCGUUUAUAAUGGAGGAUUAUACCACCAGGACCUAUGGAACAGGUGGCCUGGACAACAGACCUUUGUUUGGGGAAACCUCUGCUAGGGUAAGCAUGCAAUAUAUUUCUGGUAUGUUUUCAAUUCUAUAUAUACAUAUAUGGCAGGGGUGGUCUUGUCCGUAAGAGCCUCAUGUUAACAUUUAGAAAUAUUCAAGAGCUCCAAUUUAAUUUAUUGGAGUAUUCAACAGAAUCAAAUAUUGUCUCAUUUCAAAUAUUAUCCCAUGUGUCUCAUUCCCACAGUCCUUCCAAUGUGUCUCAUUCCCACAGCCUCCUUUCCUUGUGUGUCUCAUUCCUUUGCAGCACCUCUAUUCAUGGGUUUUAUUCCCUCCCCACCAUCUGUCUUAUUUCCUUAGCACUCCCACCCUCCACAUGUCUCAUUCAUUCUCCCAGUACCUACAUUCAUGUUUAAUUCCAGCCCCACCAUGUGUCUUACCCCUCCCACACCCCUUCCACAUGUGCAAGCUUGUGUAAAGUGGUCGAGCCAUGGACCCCAGUAAAGUAGCUUGUUUCCCUCCACUGGUUUAACAGGAAGCAGUUUGGCACCAUCAGUUCACGGUUCCUGUCAGACCGGGUAGAGGGAAACAAGCUCCUCGUCUGCAGCUUGGCCACAAUACAAGGAAUAAAUAGUAGGGUGGGAGCGCUGUGCAGUGUGCUCCCCUCCUGCUGCCAGCCGGAUCAAAACCAUGGGACAGUGUCCACAGACUACUUGCAAUCCAACCACAACAGCAUGUAGUGGUUCUGGUGUUUGUAGGCUGUCCCUUUUAAAAAAAAAAAAAAAAAAAAAAAACCUAAUAGCAGCUGCUACCUGUUGGAGAAAUUCAGCCCCCCAACCUUAACUAGACCAAAACAUUUAUGAUUAAAGGGACACUAUAGUCACAAAAACAACUUUAGCUUAAUGAAGCUGUUCUGGUGUAUAGAUCAUGCCCCUGCAGUCUCACUGCUCCAUUUUCUGCCAUUUAGGAAUUAAAUCACUUUGUUUAAAUAGCCCUAUUCAUACCUCAAAUACCUACUGUAAAUAGGCAUUUAAUGUUUAAACUUACUUUAUUGCAAAUUCUGUUUAAUUUAGAAUUUAUCUCCUACUCUGUUAAUAGCAUGCUAGACCCUGCAGAAGAAAGUUUAAUUUACAGAGCAGGGGAUAAAAACUUUGAAAUGAAGUUACAUGUGAUUGAAAAUGAAACCAUUUUGUUUUAAUGCAGGCUGUGUCAGUAACAGACAGGGGAGGUGUGCCUAGGGCUGCAUAAACAGAAACAAAAGUGAUUUAACUUAUAAAUGGCAGAGAAUUGAACAAUGAGACUGCAGGGGCAAGAUCUAUACACCAGAACAGCUUCAUUAAGCUAAAUUUAUUUUGGUGGCUAUAGUGUCCCUUUACAAUAUUACAGAGAUGAUAUAAAUGGACAGUAUAACCAUUAUACAGCACUAUGGCACUUGCUGGUGCUGUAUAAAUAAUAAUAAAAGGCAGUGGCAGGGUCAUAUCAGCAGAUGAGCUCACACUGAUCUCUCCUUGCAUAAAUUAUGCAUGCAAAUGUUUUGUGAAAAGUGGGUAAGGUUAUGCAGCUCAAAGCUGCAAUUGUUUUUAAUUUUUUUUAGAAACAUUUAUUGCAAAUGACUAUGGGAAAAAACUAAGCAUGAAUACGAGACCAAAAUGCACUUGUGUUAGAACCUCAAAUGUAACUAUAGUGUCCCUUUAAGACAACCAUAUCUCAGAAGCACUUUGGCGUACCACCGAUGAUUAAGUCCUUUAAUAUUCUCUGUGCGCAAGUCUUUUGACUUCUUAUUACCAUAAAGCCAUACUCGGCAGGCUUCUUUCCAAUGAUCUCCAGCUAACUUGUGCAUGUUCUCUUCAAUGAUUCAUAGAAUACCAGAGUAUUUACAUUGUUUAAGUCUUUGUCUUUUUUGAAAAGAGCAGAGUUUUAUGUUAGACCAGGCCUCCUGAAUAGUAAAUGGUUCUAGCCUUAAAGAAGUGCACUCCUAAUAAGAUCCUACCUCAUCGAGUGAAAAAUAAAAUGCAUGUUGGAUGCCUUGUUUCUAUCCCGAUUUUGUGUUUGGAAGCAUACCCACCUAUUUGGGUGGUGUUAACUUUAUUUGUUUAUAAUUAUCUACAUAAUUAUAUAAUAUGAUAAACAACGGCUCAUAUACCCUGGACAGUUUAGUUAACUGGCAUAUAUGGCAUGCACAAAUCCAAGACCUGUUGAAAAAUAAAAUAAAUAAUUCAGUGAGACUUGGGUGUAUCUGUAGGUCUAUAAUAAAAGCGGACUUGCAGUUUUGAAAUCUAUUUACUUAGAAGUUUAAUUUGUAUAAAUGCCGUAACGCAAACGUAAUUCCUGGCUCUGCUGUAUCUGGAAGGGAGCUGAGAUGGAUCAUUAUACAGCUGAUGUGAGUGACUAUCCAGUCACAGUUUACAUGUAUUUUAAUAUUUCAUUUUAUGCUUUUUAGGAUAGAAUCAUCAAUAUCAUUGUUGGUGGAGUAACAUCCCUAUUCGCUCUAGUGAGUAUGUUUAAUUUUCUUUUUUUUUAUUUAUUUAGAAUAUGAUACAGCAUGUGAGCUGGUAAAAUGAAGGAAACCAUUAGGGUAAUUUUUUUUUAUUGUUGUCAAAUAUUCACUAUUUGGAGUAAAAACUUUCAAUUCCACUUCAGUUUACAGGAGUGUGAAAAAAAAAAAAAAAAAGUACUCCUCAGAGGCUAAAGCGGAAGCCCAAUCUACUUGUCUUGACAAAAUAAAGUAAAUUACAAAGAUUGGGAUCCAUACCCAGAGCCCAGACAUUUACAGGGCUAAUUGUUAAGCUCUGAAUUUUCAUAAAUUAAAUCUUAAUGGAAACACUGAGGCAAAAAUAGAUGAACUGGUAUCCUCCUAGCCACAACAUGGCUAUUUUUGCUCCCAUUUUGCAAAAAUUCACUUUUAUGAAUUACCCUGAGUGUCAUACCUUCUUCACUGCAAACACUGCCCUUUCAGGUGCCUGAGAGUGAUACGGGAACUUGAGAGAUCUGCUAGGGCACAGGGGCCUUUAUUUACAGAGGAAGCGUAGAAACCAGAAAGGAGCAGACAGGAAGCAGUGUCCGGUGGUCAAGGCUGGCAGCAAAGAAACAAGGUCAAGGGUCAAGCCAAAGGUCAGAAGUCAUUUGACUGCCUCUCACCCCUUGCAGACGGAGCACCACUGGCUGUUUACAAGGAGCAGGCACUCAGUGCCAUGCCAAAGACCCUGCCUCUUUAAUUACUGGACAGCCCUCCUGUGGCUACAUCAAAAGAAUUGUCCAUAAAAUUAAGAGACAAGAUCAUCGCCCUUCACAAACAAGAAACAGGAUACAAAUAGAUAGGAAAACACUGAAAUGUUCCUAGAGACACUGUUGGAAGCAUAGUUCGCAAGUUCAGAGUUGAAAGAACAGUGGUUACACUAACUGGAUGGGGCAGAAAAAGGAAGCUAUCAGUGGCCAGAUUUCUGAGAAGGCAGGUUUAAAAAAAAAAAAAAGAGUGACGGAGGGCGGGGCCGGGCGGCCAUGCUAGCAGGCUGCAAGUCACUAUGGCUCCUUAGGAAUACACAAUUUUUGGUGAAAACUCACCUUACCCUGCUUGCAACACCCUGGAAGUCUGUAGUAAAGGUCCUGGAGUGUCCCGGUGCAGCUGGAACACCCAAUCUCUGGUGAUUCUGGGUCCUGGGGGCUGAAGCAUACCCAGGAGGGGAGUGGAGUGGACGGCCGCUGCCUCGCUUUCUGCCCCGGCUGAUAUUAAACUACAGCGUACCUGGACCCCCCCGGUCCCGUUCACCCCCUCCCUAUGGACCGGCGGGGGUUAUCCCGGUCCCCACCAGGCCAGUUACCACCUAUGCAGCCCAACUGAGCAGAUCAACGCCUAAAGCAAACACUGCAAUGCGGCCUUACCAAAAUGGCCGACAGCGAUUACACUAGCUACCAAGGAUGAACCCUCUGUGGUGCGCUGCAGCAUUGCCUGUGAACCUCACAAUCUGAGCUGACAUCGUGGGGAUUUCCACAUUGCCCUCGACCUCCACUGUGAACAUUCCUGGAGUAAAAUUAAAGACAGGCACGAACCACAGUGGUCUGUGAUUCUUUUACUUACCCACACUGCGGCUGCAAUCCCUAGGAGCGGGCGCGGUGCCUACCUUAAAUGAGUGCACCUCACCAACGCUUCCCAAACCGAUGCCAGCGAAUAGCACUGGAAGUGCACUCAGGGAAAUCAUCCCCAGACGCCGACUCCAUUUUACUGAAGCCCGCACCUGGACAAUGUCACUUGGAAAGCACCUAGCCUAUACCUGUUCAACAACCGGGAAGCCUGUUAAUACUGGUAGGCAGACACUGCGCCCCUUGGCGGGACUUUGGGAAUCAGCGGGCCACCUGGGUGCACAACCUUAUGUCUUGGAAUAGGCUGCCUCUCUUAUCCUCUGCAUCGUCAGAGCCAGCGGCAACCUCAAUUUUAAACGAUAUGCAACACCUAAGGCACGCACCGUGUAUUAUACCAAUGAUAGCCCCAACAGUUGCCACUUGGGCUGCAUUUACUGAUUAGCAUGCAUACCCUCAGUUAAUGUUCACGAAGAGUUUGUUUAUUUUCAUGCCUUCUGCUGACUGCUUAAUAUGUGACAACAUGACUGGUGGUAUCCUACCUUCAUACCUAUGUUGGCUAAGCUUAUGACCUAAAAACUCAAUAGAAAUGUCAGUAUGUUUAUCUGUAUUAGUAUCUCAUAUGUCAUAACUUAUAACUGACAAAUUAGACUAACUCUUGAUGAAACCGUAAAACUUUAAAUAGUGCUGUGAAACAGACAUGUGAAGCUCUUUGCUGGAUGAUGUGUUCUGUUGAUACUAUUUGCAAUGUCUAUGAUUAUAUGUGAAACCUGCAAAGCACUACAAAAAUAAAGAAUUAUAAUAAAAAAAAAAUUAAAAAAAAAGUGACUGUCACGGCAAGGGUGUAUAAUUUAUUAUUACACUAUGGAAUAUCAUCAUUUAAUGUAAUUUGUGUAGUAAAUGGCACAAAUUACAGACAUGCUAUGGCUGAGGUCAACAGGGGUUACAUCUUUUGAAGCUGGGACCACCACAGAGGUCAGAUGACAGAAGGGGUAGUGUGAAUGGCAUAGCAAUGUGAAAAGGAUUUUACUAUAUGGAUGUGAAGUCUGCAAGGUGUGAGGUUCUACACUUGGGAAAAGUCUGAAUGUCUCUUCAUCCAUUUGGCAUGUACCUUGUAAAGGAUAGUUCAAUCCUUUGAAAUGGUAAUGGGAUUCGUUUCAUGAAGAUCCUUGUGUUCCAGUAUCUUAUCCAAGUGAAACGUUCAUACUUACCCACAGGUUAAUAAUUAAGCCUCAUUUUUAUUAUAUUUGGAAUGGGACAAGCCCAAUCUUUUAAUUAAGCCCAAACAUGAGUUGCACAACUUAAACCGUGUGGCAGGACUUGUGAUGUCCGUCCUAUUGGAUCGUGGGCGGGUUGUGCAACAUGUCUUUGGAAUGGGAAAACAAUAACAAAUUCAUAGAGGCAAUUAUUAUUUCUGUGGCAAGUACAGUAGAGGAGAUAAAACCAAAAGUCUGUAUGUGGCUUGCUGGUUUCUGGAACAAAGGAGGUGGUCACUUAGUAUCCCUAUUGCUCCCCCCCCGGAUGAGGCGUGGCAAUUCAUAGGGUAUAUCUCCUGUGAUUCUGAAGGGUGUUUGUGUACUUGUUUGGGGCCAAGAUCUAAUUUUGAGUGAGUCACCAUCUUUCCUUGCCAGAGACCCCCUGGACAGAAGUUGUACUUUGAAAACCUAGUGAGUAAUUAGGACUUCUGUUUUUUUAUCCUUUUUAUUUUUACCUGUUGUUGGUGUAAAUAAUUUGUUUAUGAUAUAUUUUUAUAUGCACUGUGACCAUUUUUUUUGCUCAUAAUAAACAUUCAUUUAUUAAGUUCUGCCUUUGUCUGGUUAAGAAUCACGUUACCUGAAGAGACUAGUUAGUAUUUUUAUAAUUCCUUAAAUAUUGUGCUAAGUAAUAUUUGGUGGGUUUUAUUAUUGAUUUACCUGGGGGACCAAGGCACCCCAUUUAUAAAUUGUCUUGGUGGUGGCAGCGUUAAAAUAGUAAUAGUUAUAUUAUUAUGUUUAAGUGUGGGUGGUGUUAAAGGGGGAUUUUGUCAUUAUUUCCGGUCUAGUGCAGACAAAUAGUGAACGUUAACCCUUUCACCACCACAACUACGUCAUGCGCACUCUUGGAGUAGUGUGCGUUCGUGACAGUGACUAUGAAAAAGCUUUAGCAAGACUUACACCACUACUGACCCAAAUGAAAAAUUGGCUUCAAUAUGCUCAAAAUCAUAUAAAGAAGCCACAGAAGUUUUGAGAUUCUGUUUUGUGGAGCUAUGAAACAAAACUGAAACUUUUCAGCCUAAUAGAUCAGCGGUAUGUCUGAGGACGAAUGAAGCAUACGCUGAAAAGAACUCUCUGCCUGUAGUGAAGCAUGGUGGUGGCUCGAUGAUGCUCUGUGGCUGCUUUGCAUCCUCUGGCACUGGAAACCUGCAGCAUGUGGAAGGCAAGAUAUACUACUUAACCUGUCCAAAACAGAACUUCUGGUCUUUCCUCCCUCAAGUGUUGCUACUCCCUUUUUUCCCUCCAAGUCAAUGGCUACCAUCAGCUCUACCUCGCAGGCUCACUGCUUAGGUGUUCUUUGACUACAGCCUCUCCUUCACCCCUCCUGUCCAAUUAAUCACCAAAUCCUGCCACUUCCAUCUCAGAAGCCCUAUGUAAUGCCUGAUACAGCUAAGGUGCAUGUCCAUGCCUCUGUCCUCUCUCGCUUUUGCUACUGUAAUGCGCUUCUCAGUGGUCUUGCGUAUACCCAAUUUGCCCCGCUACAGUCUACAAUAAAUGCGGCAGCGAGGCACAUCUUCCUAUCAGCCCAUGCCUCCCCCCUAUAUUGGUUUCCCAUAACAUAAGUCUCAAUUUAAAAUCCUGGUACUUGAUUACAAAUCUCUACAUAAUGUUGCUCCGACCUACUUAUCCUCACUAAUACACAAAUAUGUCCCAUCUAGGCCCCUACGGUCUGCCAAAGACUUACGUCUAACCUCUGGUGUUCGCAUUAAAGACUCCUCUAGGGCUGCACUAUUCCUAUGGCGCGCCCUUCCCCUCUCUUUUAGACUUUUACCCAAUCUCCGCUCCUUCAAAAAAAUCUUUGAAAACUUACUUCUUCAGAAAAGCAUAUCAAUUAAACUGUGAACAGCUUUCCUUCCCAGCACCCUGAUUCCUUUCCUGCAACUGUCAUCAAAACACAAAGUCCUCCGUGAAUACUAACCUUGCAACCUACUUUUCUACCCUACUCUUACCCUUUGUGUCACUAUACCCCACUCCCUCUGCAGGGCCCCCAAUUCCUCGGUUCCUUUGUGUCCAACUCGACUGGUUACAACUACGUGUCUGUUAGCCCCCCAUUGUACAGUGCUGUGAAACUUGUUGGCGCUUUAUAAAUAAUAAUCAUCGAAGUACCAGGAAACCCUAGGAAAAAACGUCAACUCGUCUGUGAGAAGGCUUAAACUUUGGCUUCAUUUGACCUUUCAACAAGAAAACAAAUUCCACCAAAGCUUGGUUACAGAAGAAGACUGGAAAAUUCUACAGUGGCCAUCACAGUCACCUGAGUGCUAAGGGAUUCAGGGACACUGCAUCCAGGUCUUUCAAUGUAUAUUAUCCCUUUAAGACUCUCCUGGAUAUUGGAGAUAUAACGUCUGUAAAACCACUGACCUAAAUAAUGACACGUCAUUUUCUGUAAAUCACAACUUUAACUUUCAUUUUCUCAGACGCUGUUGGGAAUGUAUAUGUAAUAUCAGUGUGCUGACUAUGGUGAAUGAGGGGUGUUUAGUAGUACCCCAAUUUGUAAUUAUUAUUUUUAGCCGAUUUACCCAAUACAGUAAAGGAGGCAAUCUGUUACCAAUAGAACUUGCAUUUGUUUUAAUUGUCUGUAAUUAUGUGAGGUUGAAUUUGUUUUUUCUAUCCACACAGGUAACACUUAUCAGUGCUUUUGUCUUUCCUCAACCACCUCCAAAACCAUUGAAUGUAUUCUUUGCAUUCUGCAUAAUUUUGUGCUCUAUUACAUGUCUCGUACUGGUAAGUAUUAUUAACGUGAAGUGCCGCCCCUCGUGUGCAUACAGUGGGGUACCCUAACUGAAAAGCUAUAAAUAUUUUGAUGGAUCACUAAAUUCUGUGCAUAUGUGUGUAUGAAUGUACCAUACUACUAGUGUUCCAAUAUACAGUGAGGGGAAAAAAAAUAAUUUAAUCCCCCUGCUGAUUUUGAACGUUAUCCCACUGACAAAGAAAUGAUCAGUCUAUAAUUUUAAUGGUAGGUGUAUUUUAACAGUGAGAGACAGAAUAACAAAACAAAAAAAAUCAAGAAAAACUCAUGUCGAAGUUAUAAAUUGAUUUGCAUGUCAAUGAGUAAAACAAGUAUUUGACCCCUCCGACUUGAUGGCAAGACCCUUGUUGGCAAUCACAGAGGUCAGACAUUUCUUGUAGUUGGCCACCAGGCUUGCACACAUCUCAGGAGUGAUUUUGGCCCACUCCUCUUUGCAAAUCCUCUCCAAGUCAAUAAGGUUUCGAGGCUGACGUUGGGCAACUCGAACCUUCAGCUCCCUCCACAGAUUUUCUAUAGGAUUAAGGGCUGGAGACUGGCUAGGCCACUCCAGGACCUUAAUGUGCUUCUUCUUGAGCCACUCCUUUGUUGCCUUGGCUGUGUGUUUGGGGUCAUUGUCAUGCUUGAAUACCUACCCAUGUUCAAUGCCCUGGCUGAGGGAAGGAGGUUCUCACUAAAGAUUUGACGGUCCAACAUCCCUCUGAUGCGGUGCAGUUGUCCUAUCCCCUUAGCAGAAAAACACCCCCAAAGCAUAAUGUUUCCACCUCCGUGUUUGACAGUGGGGAUGGUGCUCUUGGGGUUAUAGGCAGCUUUCCUCCUCCUCCAAAUACGGCAAGUUGAGUUGAUGCCAAAUAGCUAAAUUUUUUUAUCUCAUCUGACCACAACACUUUCACCCAGUUCUCCUCUGAAUCAUUCAGAUGUUCAUUGGCAGACGGGCCUGUACAUUUCUUGAGCAGGGGGACCUUGCGGACGCUGCAGGAUUUCAGUCCUUCACGGCGUAGUGUGUUACCAGUUGUUUUCUUGGUGACUAUGGUCCCAGCUGCCUUAAUAUCAUUAACAAGAUCCUCCUGUGUAGUUCUGGGUUGAUUCCUCAUCGUUCUCAUGAUCAUUGAAACUCCACGAGGUGAGAUCUUGCAUGGAGCACCAGACUGAGGGAGAGUGACAGUUAUUUUGUGUUGCUUCCAUUUGCGAAUAAUCGCACCAGCUGUUGUCACCUUCUCACCAAGCUGCUUGGCAAUAGACUUGUAUCCCAUUCCAGCCUUGUGUAGCUCUACAAUCUUGUCCCUGACAUCCUUGGACAGCUCUUUGGUCUUGGUGGAGAGCUUGGAAUCUGAUUUGCUUCUGUGGACAGGUGUCCUUUUUACAGAUAACUAGCUGAGAUUAGGAGCACUCCCUUUAAGAGAGUGCUCCUAAUCUCAGCUCGCUAUAUGUAUAAAAGAUACCUGGGAGCCAGAAAUCUUACUGAUUGAUAGGGGAUCCAAUACUUAUUUCACUCAUUGACAUGCAAAUCAAUUUAUCCAUGUGUUUUUCUGUUUUGUUUUUUUGUUUGUUAUUCUGUCUCUCUUUUAAAUCAUUCUUUAUUUUUAUUGUGCGUUAUAUAUCAAACAAGCUUGGUUAGACAUUUCAUAGUAGUAUAGAUGACAACAUACAUAAAGAUGUAGGUUUGACAGGAAAUGUCAAAAACACUGCACAUUUUAUAGUUAACGCGAAAAAACAUCAAGAACACAAUUCUAUAGAGUUAACAGAAAGAAUGUGAUAAGAUAUAGGUUAGAACAGUAGUUAAUUGUAAGAUAUGAUUACCACUGGGUGAUAAGGUUCAGCUGCAGAAAGGAUACCUUUGUAGAAUAAAACUUAAACCUCGCUAAAAUUUAUGCCCUAUACUGACAGACUGAUAAUACAGAGGCUAACAGCUCAGGAUGAGGAACAUACUUUUGUAAAACAAUAUUAAUGUUGGUGGACAUGCACUUUUAACUGCUCCUAUAUCACAAAUUGAUUAAGACGAUGUAGAAAAGAGAAGUAUGGCAGCCCCCCGUGAGAGACCCCCCCACCAACUCAGACCUUCGCUGUGUCAGAUAAGAAAAUUGGUGUGAAAGUCCCAGCACACUGACAGGUUCCUCAGAAUCCGCUCCACCAGCCCUAAGCCCCAUUAAAGGUGCCCCCAGUGCUGGCAGACCACUCUCGAGGGUGUUUGGUUGCAAUGAGCAGAUCUCCCCUCCACUAGACUCAAGCCUCAAGUAAGGGAGGGCAGGAACCAUUUGCAGAUGUCUAGUAUGCGCAGAAAUAUUGCCGGCAGCCUCCACUUCCAAGCCGAGGUACAGUGAUGCCAUGUAGCGUCUGCAUUUGCCUGAACAGAGCCCAGGAGAUGCCAUGAGUGUAUAAGGGAGCUCCUCCACCGGAUGGGUGAGGGAUCAGAUCCCACAGGGCUGCUGCGGUGGCCAUCUUGGAAUCUCAGCACUGGAGCUCGGGCUGCAUGCCACAUCGAUGCCAGCUGCUAUGCCUUCCAGUGGGGACCGGGAUAACCCCCACCGGUCCAAAAAGGGAGGGGGGACCAGCGGGAUGGAAUCUCAGGAGCCAAUGUGUUGCGAUCAGGCGCGAGAGUAGAGAGGCAGCCGUCCACUUUGCUCUCGGCCCAAUAGGCCGCAGGCCUACAAUCCCUUCUCUGGGCUUCAUAAUCAGCGGGGAUCAAAUAAUUUUUCCCCCUCAAUGCAUGGUUAGAUGUUCCAACUGUUUUCUUAAAUGUCAAGGCAACUAAGACCUACAGUCACUGUGCAGAUUGUAUUUAUUGAUCUCUUAAAUUAAAAGGGGCACUUUGGGUUGACGUUUUAUUCUAUUUAUAAUUUAAAAAAAAGGAAAUAAAAAUAUGCGGGUGCUGCAGCUUUUACAAUCAGCUCUUACUAAACAAAGAAGUACCUCCACCAAUAAUGAUCAAUUUUAUUGCAGCAAUGAGUAAUGCUGUAUUGGCAACACACUGGUUUCUUGAAGUUUAAGUUCAGUUGUGGCUUUAUAAUAUUAUUGUCCUGACACCCUUUUCAGUAAAAUGGAAAAGCACUGCACUGUGGGUGGAAACAACUGAAAAAGUGGGCUUGUAGAGUAAAACAAAAAAAGCUAUCUUUCACAACUGUAACCUAAAUUUUUAUUAAACCUAAUGUAACAGUUCACCAAUGUAUUUUUUUUUUAAUGAUUACUUAUUCUUUAUAAUGGUAAUAUGGGUUACAAGGAUUAUAUGGGGAUUAGUUAGACUAAAAUAUCCAAGAUGCAGCUAUAGUGGUGUAGGAGAAUAUUCCUAAACUAUUGUUUUGGCCUUAAAGGAUCACUAUAGUGCCAGGAAAACAAACUUGUUUUCCUGACACUAUAUCAUCCUUAGGACCUUCCCUUGGUGCUGAAGGGGUUAAAACCCCUUCAGUUACUUACCUUAAUUCAGUGCUGGUGACCUCUCCUCUCCCACCAGCUCCUGAGUGGAGCGGAAUGCGCAUGUGCACAUUCAAACAGUCCAUAGGAAAGCAUUUUUCAAUGCUUUCCUAUGGACAUUCUGCACGCUGAAUGCGAUUUUCGCAUCCAGCUUCGCAGAAGCGCCUCUAGCGGCUGUCAGGAAGACAGCCACUAGAGGCUGGAUUAACCCUGCAAUGUAAACAUAGCAGUUUCUCUGAAACUGCCAUGUUUACAUCUGAAGGGUUAAAACCUGUGGGACUUGGCACCCAGACCACUUCAUUGAGCUGAAGUGGUCUGGGUAACUAUAGUGUCCCUUUAAGUGUGCUACUCGCAACAAUAUGCAGACUGUUUCAUUUACUUCAGUGUUGUGGUGAGGCACACCACCAUCCAAUUUUCACAACUUAUCUAGUUUUUGUAGUGGAGGAGGUACACACUUUUCCCCCAAGUUCUCUCCUGGCCCAUUUAGUAUUAGUUUUUUGAUUAUGAUAAGUGAGGCACAAUAACUGGAUAUAUCCUGUCAUUGUUUUAAAUAGAACAUGUAAUCCACUUGUAUGUACAGUAUUCUGGGUUCAUCCAAACCUGAUUUGGGAAGAAGGUGAAUACCAUACUCAUACAUUAUCAAUUUAAAACAAAAUACUUUUUUUGUUUUACACACAUUUGUGCAAAACUGGAACUGACUUUUACUUUCAAAAUAUUGAUACAUUGAUUUAGAUGAGACAAGUAAAUUUUAAAUUAAACUGAACUAUAAAAAUAUUUAGGUCAAAAAUUGCUGCUGUUGCUAAUAGCAAAUUGAAUAUGCAGUAAUAACACUGUAGGAUGUUUUUAGCACAUGAAUAAUUUUUAUAAUUUUCUUCAUGCUGCAGAUUUUUUGGUACCGACAAGGAGACCUGGAACCUAAAUUUAGAAAAUUGAUCUAUUAUAUUUUAUUUUCUAUUGUCAUGUUAUGUAUAUGUGCCAACUUAUACUUUCAUGAUGUGGGGAAAUGAAACAUGGACAAUAGCAGAAAGCCUGUUCCAGAGCGUUGUGAUGAACAGAAGGACACCUCGUGGAUCAAACUAUGGAGUUGCAGUUAUCCCUUUUUUGUUCUGAAGUGACGAUGACUUACUGCCAUAAGAGACUAAACCCCCACUUUUUUUUUCCUCUUUUUUCUUUUAUUUAAAAAAACAAAAAACUAAAAAAAAAAACACCAUUGUUGCACUUAAGACAUUCUGGUGAAAGCACUUUUGUUUCUGAAAUUCUGAUCAAUUCCGGAAGAACAACCUUCAAAGGCAUUAUGUCAAGUGUGUUUAUUUAGUUUAAAUAUAACAGUUUGUUUUUACUAUGCAACAGAUGCCAGUAAGUACUAUUUCACAUUACCAAAACUGUAAUAUUAGGUUAUGAAAGACAUUUUGAAUGAAGGUUUAAAUAAAUAAAAGAAAAUAUUUACAUGCCAUUUUGUCAGUUAUCUUUGAAAAGGUCUACAAAAUGCCAGCACCUAUCUUAUGGGGGAAAACCAUACAAGAAAAUAAAUAUAUUCCAACAAUACUUCAACUACAUGAAAUCAGACUAGCACCUUUGGCAGAUUACCACCCAUCCCAAAGUAAAAUGAUCAUACAAAGUGGACUCUUUGGUACUAUUGGUGGUCUGAUAUAUUUAUAUAUUUUAUGUACCAUAUUUUAAUGCAUCAACACUGCAAUUUUGGGACUGUAAAAAGUGGCCCUCUACCACAGUUUAAACCACUGAAGAACCCCACUUACAUUCUUUGCUGACAUUACAGUCUACUCCCCAUGACCUUAUACAAGCAGACAUUUCAUGCAUAUUCAGUAUAUACAGCUGUUUAACACCCUGCUAUGCUAAGGAAAUGUUUUAUUUUAGAUUCCAAAAUUAUUAGAUUGUUUUGACAGCAUAAAGUGCAACUGUCACUUCUCUGGAAAUUACACCCUUGAAUAAAACAUUGAACACCACAUAAAAAGUUAACCAGUUAUAGGUGACUUUCCAUUUUCUUUUAAAAUGUAUAUACUCUGGGCAAUUAAGUUUUUUAUGGUACCAGAAGGUUUCUGGCACUAACUUACAUUUAGGGGUUAAAUCAUUCAUGAAUGGCAGCAGUCCAAGACUUAUUUGAGAAGAAUUUCUGACCGCGGAUGAGGACAAAGAACCUGCGCCACAGACCAGAUUUGGGGUUAAACCAUUCGUGAAUGGUUUAACCCCUAAAGGUAAGGAAGCAGCCGGAUAUUACUCCCUCUUUGCCUUUUUAUAAGUUUUUGCUUGGUACUAGAUAUCAGUACUUGGGAACCUUCAUCCUAUGUUUGUCUACCGUUUUCCAUUCUUCUGGGAUUCCUUUGAUGGAUUGUAAGUAAAUUAACUUAGCAACUAAAAUGGGUCACAAACUCUCUAUAAGAAAAAGUAGUCAACCCAUUUUACGUAUAGCUAAACCUCCAAAAUGAAUUUAAAAAAAUUUCACAAGGGAAAAUGGGACAAAACAAGAUUAUUCUACAAACAAAACGUUAAGGUCCAUGUGUUUAAGGAUUGUCUUGUGAGACAAUUAGGAAAAUACAGCUGGCUGAAAGUGCAAUAGAAAUCUUCUGUUUAACUUGUAAAAGAGUGGAAAAAAAUAAAAAUUGCAAAGACAAUUUUGUCUUUAGAAAAAGUAAAAAUUAAUAUACUUUUAUCAGAUGAGCAAAGCCCAUCUUUUAUAAGAAAUCUGGACCUUUCAUGGUUUUCAAUAGAAAACAAAGUGAAUCAAAUUACCACAUUUAAGAAAAUUCUCCAAAUGGGUCUAGUCCAUGACCUUUGCAAGUCUGAACACAAUUUGAAUGGUGGCAAGCUAUGGACUAAUCUGACAGGAAAUCUCAAUCUGAUCUGGCUGCCAGUAUCACAAGGUCACAGUUUUCUGCACCUGUAUGAGAGGUCAUAAAACAACUCCACUUUAAGUUAAAAAAAAAAAGUUUAAUGGUUGUUAUAGUUAAACUUGUUUAGAAUAAAAUCUACUGAGAAUGUUGACCUAGAUAUUUCUAAGUGUCUGGUGGAACAGUCACUUUUAGGCUCCGUCAAUAAAUACAUUUUACAAAUAAAAGUAAAUUCGUGGGGGUGGGGGUGGGGGAGGUCUCUGCAUAUGCUGCUAAUUUUAGUGUUGAACUUUAAGUUAAUUAUAUUUUAUACUGAUCACAACCUAUAAUGCAAUAUCACUACCUGUAAUUAUGACCAUGAUAAAGAUCUGCUGCUUAAAUAGUUUGUCAUUUUGCCAUUACCAUAACUGUAUCUUACACCAAUGGGGAAUUAAAUUACAUAAAUAUAUUAUUUGUGUGAAUAUCAUCUUAUUGUUUACUUUUUAGUAUCUCACAUCAUGCAGACUGCAUGUGUUUGCAGUGUGACCUCAGUUAGGCCCUGUAACAUUACAUUUUCUAAUGUGGUUAAAGGGUAACGCUAAGCACCAUAACCAUUUCAUACAACUGAAAGGAUUGGGAUUCACAAAUACGGUUCCUGUAGUUUCUUUGCAUAGUUCACAUAAAGUCCUGUAGAUAUAUGCAUUUAUAUAGGUGCCCUGCCAGACACCCACUAUAACAAUUUUCUCUGAACUUGAUCUAUAUUUCCUAUUCAGAGCGAAUUCUAUUGACUGCCUGUAACAUAACUUGGAACAAAAUUGAAUCUCUCACGAGCUUGCUGCUUACACGAUACUCACUAGAGAGAUCCAUAACCAGACAGGAAGGCCCUGCUGUUUGAUCAGAAAAGGCUAUGUAAGCAAAUGUUAAUCAGUGACAUCUGUUGUUAAAGCUGACCCAAAGUACUAACACCGGGCUUUAUACAGACCACACCUUCUUAUGGUCAAGAAUAUAAACCUUUCCAAAAUGUCUAUUGCACUUAGUACUUUACUUCAAAGUGAAUUAAAAUGCAGACAAAGCAAGGAAAUCUUGUGGUUUUGUAAACUUCCUCUAAUUUCCAAUCUGUAUGCAGCUAAAGGAAACUGGCUUUCCUAAGAUAUUUAAUCUAGGGAGAGUGCUGGCCAAAGCAAUAUGUGUCCAGUUGUAAUACAAUAAGCUGGUGAUAUGAGGGCAUUUAGAAAAAUAGUCAACUCAUUUGAAACCACCUGGGGUUGCCAUUCCCAAGAAAGCACUUGGAGGUGGGUGGAAUGGAUGCAGCAAGGCCCAGUAAAGGACCAGUGAGUAGGAAUGGAGGAAUGCACUGUUAAAGAUCUUCAACAUCUUUUGAGUCAUCAGAGUCUGGUCCAUCUAGAGAUGAGUCGUUCAGGUUUGGUCUCUCACCAUGAUGUUGCAGAAUCGGAUCUUAGAUUGAAACAAAUAAAAAGUUAGUGUUAAUGAAAUUGGCAAUAUAAAUAUUGCUCAUAUUUGGAAAGGACC